AAGAACCGGCUCGUUCGUGACCGACACAUCACUAGUCGUUGCUCAGCAGCAGCUGCAAACUGGAAAGUCCCUGACAACCAGGGAGGUUUCAGACAGGAAAACCACUGAGAGGCUUUGUCAAAUUAAAUUAAUGAUAUUAAUAUUUUCUUCGUUUCGCUAUCUACCGCGGAUACAACAUUGUGUGGGUUUGUUUCAGUCGUGAAUUUGAGCUUUAACCGAGUCUCUCCUGUGAGUGCUAGCUCUUUGUGUAAUGCUAGCUCUUUGUGUGGCUAACUGCUAGCUGCUAGCUGAGGGAAUGUUUUGUUUGUUGUUGAACUGAGCAGCCCUCCCGUCCGAGAGGAGAUUCAUCAGCUGGUGUAUGGAGAAACGCCUUCUUCUUCUCAUCUGCUGACAUUGUUAUCAAAGUGUCCCGUUAGUGUAACGUUCAGUAAACCGAGAGAGAGAGGAGAGAGUUUGACCAGAAGAGGAAGGAGAUGGGAAACUGUCUGAAAUCUCCCACCUCGGAUGAUAUUUCUUUGCUUCAUGAAUCCCAAUCGGACCGAGCCAGCUACGGAGACGGUGCCGACCCAGACCAGGAGCCACCGCCCCCCUAUCAGGAGCAGAUCCAUGUGCCUGUCUACCACCCAACGCCCAGCCAAGCCCGACUGGCCACUCAGCUGACAGAGGAGGAGCAGAUUCGGAUCGCCCAGCGAAUCGGACUCAUCCAGCACCUCCCGAAGGGCGUGUACGACCCGGGGCGGGAUGGCUCUGAGAAGAAGAUCAGAGAGUGCGUCAUCUGUAUGAUGGACUUUGUGUACGGAGACCCCAUCCGGUUCCUGCCCUGCAUGCACAUCUACCACAUGGACUGCAUAGACGACUGGCUGAUGAGAUCCUUCACCUGCCCCUCCUGCAUGGAGCCUGUGGACGCCGCGCUGCUUUCCUCCUACGAGACCAACUGACACACACACACACACACGCACACAUACACACACACACACACACACACACACACACAUACUGUAUAUGCCCACAGGUACCUGUGGACCAGACUUGACACACACACAUACAAUAUGCACACAAAUGGACAUACACACAAUUUCCAUCUUGCUAACCUGUAUCCUGGAUUAGUAAGGUGGUGAUAUAAAAACAGUGACGAUGUAAAAGAUUUGGGAUGAACUCUGUAUGUGUGUGCGUGUAUGUCUGUCUGUGUGUGUGAGCGAGCGUGUAUGUGUGUGCUGCACAAGUUCACCAGUUGGCCUGCUGGACAGGAAUGGAGGAAUGAACAGAGUGUCGGUGUUAAAGACAAGUCUGAAGGAGCUGGAUCGAGGAGAGGCAUGAAUGACGGUUACUGACAAUGGGGGAUGGGAUGGGAGUGGAACGACGGUUAACGGAUAUGAUUAAGAUCCACUUUCAUAUCCUGGAAUAUAAACACAAUGCUGACCAGUAACACACUUCCUUUAUUUACUCAUCAUUGAAAUGAACAGAAUACAAAGGAAAGACAUUGACCAUCACCAUGAGGCUGCAGAUUGUGUUUGUUGCGCCACACUGCAGGACAAUGGAGAAGAAAACGUCAUUCGGAAGAUCGGCCAGAUGUUUUGACGUGUCUCCACACAGAUGCCUGUUGCAGAGUCGUAUGUGCUGCAAAAACUGCCACAGAUGCAGAUAUGGGAUUCAAAGACUGCUAGAGCUGGACAUCAGCUGUAAGACUGCAAACAUCAGAUAUAUUCUUCAGGCACACCACAGGCCUCCGUUGGUCCGCAGCACCCGGGCCUGGAGUUGUCCGUCUGUAUAGAUCUUUUAUGAGAAAACACAAGAGUGGUCGGUGGAUUGGUUGAUCGUCCCGUGGCUUUGUGAAGUCUGUUCCGUGUUUGUUUUUUCUGUCAGCAUAAGGGCUUCGUCGGACCAGUUUGCCAACAACACAGAUAUGGCAAAAGGAAAUACAGGAUGUGCUUUAGUCAUUAAUGUGGUGGAUAGCUGGUAGCCUGUUACUGUCAAGCUUUUAGGACUUUCUCAGUCACAGUGAGAUCUCAGAUUAUUGGCCAAAGCACAAGCAGACCAGUUAACAGACCAUUGAUACAAAUCAGUGAUAUUUGCACUUCUUAAUCAGACUUGUAACGUGAAGAGUUGACCAUAUGCAUUCAGUAGUUAUGUCAAAGUGAAGUAUGUGAUUUGCUUUGAGUACAUUCUCAUUACCAUCGCAAUGAUUUGUAAUGAAAACCACUGUCUCUAUCUUAACUGUUUGGUAACCAUGGUAAUUAGGUUAAGAACCUGAUUUAGGAAAAAAAAAAGACAGAGAUGAACAGUUCCUAGGUCAAUUUUCCUAACCUAGCCUAAGAUAGGAAAAGUGU